GCUACAUUGUGCCCUCUGCAUCGCACUGUUUGCAUAGCUCUUGGACUCUUAUGUGUUGUGUGUGAUAUUUUUAUUUAUUUUUUUAUCAUCAAUAUCACAUUAUUUCAGUUCAAUUUUAGCGGCCGCUCGCAAUCCACCCCAAGGGCACUGCGACCAUUGUUUCCUUGUCAUAUUUCAUACAAAAGGCAGCGACAGCUCUCAUCCACCAGCUCGCUAAAAUAUUAACGUGGCUGCUGGCGUUUCAGUGUGCUUAAUGACUACAUAUACAGGCGGCAGUCUCAUCUCUUCAUUCAUCCACAUGAUCUGACGCGCAAUUAAGAGUGGGAAGAGAGGCAGGGCACGCGGGAGGAGGUGUGAUAUUACGCGCGCGCCGCUCUGUAACUCAAUCAGGUUGUAGAGCUGGUAAAGCGAGAAGACACACGCGCUCCGGAGGAGGAGGUGGAGAGAGAGAGAGAGAGAGAGAGAGAGACGGAGGUUUGAAAACAGCCGAGGUGUCUACGGCGCUUGUGGACUCCGUUCAGGGGUGGACUAUGUGGCAUGUGUGUCACUGCAUCACGUAAUAUUGUGCUAAGUGAAACAAGCAGGGCCAUUUGACAGAGAAAGGAGAGAAGGAAGCGUUCAGUUUCGGCAGGGGGUAAUGAUGAGGAGGAGGAUGCAGCCAUAACGAGGGACCAACGCGAUAAGAACAGGGUAACGCAGAGGGGAUUCACUGAGCCAUGCAGAGAGAAGGACUACCAAGAGAGGAGAAAUUGCACUGUAUCACUUCCAGCGGACGACAGCGUAGCACACACAUACUUCUGUCGCAUGGGCUUACUGUCCUGUGAACAGACAACCGAGAAGGAGAAAAAGAGCGCAUUCGUGUGUCUGGAUUUUGCUGAUGGACAAGUGGACAUUGGGGCUAUGCUGGAGCUUCGGCCCAUGCUGUCCAUCCCGUCUCCCCCCUGCUGAAGCUCCCGGGACAGCCCUGGAGCACAGAGGGUGAGAGAGACGGCCUCAUGCAGGCACGCAAGAAGUACGUGCUUCUGGGCCUGUGCACGUGCUGCUGGCUGUUACUCUAUUACUGGGGUGGCUUGCAGGAACGGCUCCUGGGCCUCCUCACCCACAGGAGGGGGGAGGUGGUGCGGCCCUGGCCCAACUGGUUGGAUCGGGACCUGCUCCCCGGUUACACCGACCAGGCCGAGCUACAAAAUGAUGGGGGUCAGGGUGACUCUCCAAAGCAGCGGCGGCAGUCAUGGGCCGGAAUCUACAAGGACAGUCGCUGCAGGAUGGACACCUGCUUUGACUUCGCCCGAUGUCAAGGACAGAGCGGCUUUCGGGUCUACAUCUAUCCACCGGAGAAGGGCGAACGGGUGUCUGAGAGUUACCGCAAGAUCCUCAACUCAGUCGCGGAGUCGCGGUAUUUCACGUCAGACCCUCGAGAGGCAUGUUUAUUCGUGCUGGGCAUCGACACGCUGGACAGGGAUCAGCUUUCGACGCAGUUUGUGCCCAACAUGGACGAGCGAAUUCGAGGUUACCCGCUCUGGAAUGAUGGGCGGAACCAUGUCAUCUUCAACCUUUAUUCCGGAACCUGGCCCAACUACACCGAGGACUUGGGUUUUAACGUGGGCCAGGCUAUCCUGGCCAAAGCAAGCCUGAAUACGGAACAUUUCCGACCGGGCUUUGACAUUUCCAUCCCUUUGUUCUCUAAAGAACACCCUCAGAAGGGUGGAGAAAGGGGCUGGUUAGUUCGCAACACUGUCCCGCCGAGACGGAAGUACUUGUUGAUGUUUAAAGGUAAACGUUACUUGACGGGCAUCGGCUCAGACACUCGCAACGCUUUGCAUCACAUCCACAAUGGCAAGGACAUCGUCUCACUAACUACGUGCCGCCACGGCAAGGACUGGGAGAAGCACAAGGACGCGCGGUGUGACCAUGAUAACCAGGAGUAUGAGAGAUUUGACUAUCAGGAGCUGCUCCACAACUCCACCUUCUGUCUGGUUCCCCGCGGUCGGCGCUUGGGGUCGUUCCGUUUCCUGGAGUCUUUGCAGGCCGCUUGUAUCCCGGUGUUACUCAGUAAUGGCUGGGAGUUACCUUUCUCUGAUGUCAUCCAGUGGAACCAGGCAGUCAUCGAGGGCGACGAGAGACUGUUGCUACAGGUACCUUCCACGGUGCGGGCUGUGGGCAAUGACAGGGUGCUGGCUCUCAGACAGCGUACACAGAUGCUCUGGGAGGCCUACUUCUCCUCUGUGGAUAAGAUUGUACUCACCACACUGGAGAUCAUAAAGGACAGAGUGUACUCGCACAUCUCCAGAAAUAAAUUCAUGUGGAAUGCCUUACCUGGAGGGCUGCUGGUUCUGCCCGAGUACUCAACGCACUUGGCACACUACCCCUUCUAUUAUUUAAACCUUGGAAUCAGUCCAGGUCAGGAGUUCACUGCUGUAAUUCAUGCCACCUCACCUCUGGUCUCGCAGUCUCAGCCAAUCAUGAAGCUUCUUCAGGUCGUCUCCAAAUCAAAAUACUGCUCACAGAUCAUCAUCCUGUGGAACAGUGAGAAGCCACCCCCUCACCGGAGUAAAUGGCCGCCUAUGCCAGUGCCCCUUCUCAUCACAGAUGGCAGAAGGAAAACGAGCAGCCGUUUCCUGCCUAAUGCAGCUGUUGAGACGGAGGCAGUUUUGAGCCUAGAUGAAGACACAGUGCUGUUGACCAGCGAGAUCAAUUUUGCUUUCCAUGUGUGGCGGAGUUUCCCCGAGAGGAUUGUUGGCUACCCUCCCAGAAGCCAUUUCUGGGACCCUGUAAAGAAAGCCUGGGGCUACACCUCUAAAUGGACCAACGAGUACUCCAUCGUCCUCACCGGAGCGGCAUUUUAUCACAGGUACUACCAUCACCUGUUCUCUCACUACCUGCCCUCCUCUCUGCGUGCGCUAGUGGAUCGCACCUCUAACUGUGAGGAUAUCCUGAUGAACUUCCUGGUCUCCUCUGUGACACACCUGCCACCGAUUAAAGUAGCGCAGAGGAAGCAGUACAAAGAGAUGCCCACCCAGCAGGGUACUAAGAUGGCCCCAUGGGUGAACCCUGAGCACUUUACCCAGAGGCAGGAGUGCGUCAACACCAUUGCAAGCUGGUUUGGUUACAUGCCUCUAGUGCACUCUCAGUUUCGCCUGGACCCCGUACUCUUCAAGGACCACGUGUCCAUCCUGCGCAAGAGGUACAGAGACCUGGAGCGUGUCUGAGCCAAGAUGAACGAGUGGGGAUGGAUCACAAACUGAUACUUAUGCUGAUGCAGAGACUUAACUCUAUCCCUCCGCUAGGGCUGCUAGCUUGUGGUGGACAAGAGACAGGUUUUUGCCUCUAAUGUCCAGUUCUCAAUUUAUGGCUGACAGCUUCAUGGAUGAGAAAACAUCACAGAUCUGUCAAUCAUUCCAGCUGCUGUUUGACUGGAGGAGUUUGUAGCAUUAAGGGAGUCUAAUGGUGCAAUGGACUAACACACGAGUCACAAAGCAACUGACUGAUUACAUCAAGUGGGAAUUACAUGACCAAUAAAAUAAUUCCAAAAUGCAAA